GAAAGAUGGCGCCUCCCAGCCCUCGGGAUCCCCAAGCUUCGUCGGCGACCAGCGCGACAGAUUCCGACGGGGAGAUGGUGCUGCCCGGCUUCCCGGACGCAGACAGCUUCGUGAAGUUUGCUCUUAGCUCUGUGGUGGCGGUCACUAAGGCCUCUGGAGGCCUACCACAGUUUGGCGAUGAGUAUGACUUUUACCGAAGUUUUCCUGGCUUCCAGGCAUUUUGUGAAACACAGGGAGACAGGUUGCUCCAGUGCAUGAGUAGGGUAAUGCAGUACCAUGGGUGUCGCAGUAACAUUAAAGAUCAAAGUAAAGUGACUGAAUUGGAGGACAAAUUUGACUUGCUAGUGGAUACCAAUGAUGUGAUUCUAGAGAGAGUGGGUAUUUUGCUGGAUGAAGCAUCAGGCGUGAAUAAGCAUCAGCAGCCUGUCCUUCCUGCAGGCUUGCAAGUGCCUAAAACCAUAGUGUCCAGCUGGAACCGGAAGGCAGGAGAAUAUGGCAAAAAAACAAAAUCUGAAACGUUCCGACUGCUUCAUGCAAAAAACAUCAUCCGACCUCAGCUCAAGUUUCGAGAGAAAAUUGACAAUUCCAACACACCGUUUCUUCCUAAAAUUUUCAUCAAGCCUAAUGCUCAGAAGCCCCUCCCUCAGGCUCUCUCAAAAGAAAGGCGGGAACGGCCCCAGGAUCGUCCUGAGGACUUGGAUGUACCCCCAGCCCUGGCAGAUUUCAUCCAUCAGCAGCGAACCCAGCAAGUUGAGCAGGACAUGUUUGCACACCCUUAUCAGUAUGAACUGGACCACUUCACUCCACCAGACUCUGUGCUUCAGAAGCCAGAGCCACAGUUAUAUAGACCUGUAGAAGAAACACCCUGCUGCUUUGUUUCCUCUCUGGACCAGCUCGUGGAGCUCAAUGAGAAGCUCCUAAAUUGUCAGGAAUUUGCCGUAGACUUGGAGCAUCACUCUUACCGGAGCUUCCUAGGACUGACCUGCCUGAUGCAAAUUUCCACCCGAACAGAAGACUUCAUCAUAGACACGCUGGAGCUCCGCAGUGACAUGUACAUUCUCAACGAAAGCCUCACGGACCCAGCUAUUGUGAAGGUCUUCCACGGUGCCGACUCUGACAUCGAGUGGCUGCAGAAGGACUUCGGGUUGUAUGUGGUGAACAUGUUUGACACUCACCAGGCAGCACGCCUUCUCAACCUAGGCCGACACUCACUUGAUCACCUGCUGCGGCUCUACUGUGGUGUGGAGGCCAACAAGCAGUACCAGCUAGCGGACUGGAGGAUCCGCCCCCUGCCAGAAGAAAUGCUCAACUAUGCCCGGGACGACACUCAUUACCUGCUUUACAUUUACGACAAAAUGAGGCUGGAACUGUGGGAGCGAGGCAACGACCAGCCCACCCAGCUGCAAAUGGUGUGGCAGCGGAGCAGGGACCUGUGCCUUAAGAAAUUUGUCAAACCCCUCUUCACGGAUGAGUCCUACCUUGAGCUAUAUCGGAAGCAGAAGAAGCAUCUGAACUCGCAGCAGUUGGCCGCCUUUCAGCUGCUAUUUUCCUGGAGGGACAAAACUGCUCGUAGGGAGGAUGAGAGUUACGGAUAUGUAUUGCCAAACCAUAUGAUGCUAAAGAUAGCUGAAGAACUGCCUAAGGAACCUCAGGGCAUCAUAGCUUGCUGCAACCCAGUUCCACCCCUUGUCCGACAGCAGAUCAAUGAGAUGCAUCUCUUAGUCCAGCAGGCUCGGGAGAUGCCCCUGCUCAAGUCUGAAGCCGCGGCUGGGAAGAAGAAGAGUGGAGCACUGCCCAGUGCUGAGAGACUGGAGAAUGUUCUUUUUGGACCUCAUGACUGCUCCCACGCCCCCCCAGAAAACUACCUGGUCCCCCCAUGUGGCGGUUCUGGGCCGGCUCAGAAACAGGCGAGCCUCUUUGCCGAGGAGACCUUGCUGGACACCAAAUGCCUGCUUGCUACAGCCGUGAUCUCCUUGUUCAGUAUCAGCAACCGUUGGAAGCUGGCCAAGCAGGCCCAGGUCCGAAAAGAAUAUAAAGACACUGCCAAGAAGAAGGCAGCUGAGCAGACAGUGGCCCAGGAACAGGUGAAAGAAGAGUACAAAGCCACAGCAGAGCAGGCCAUCUCUGUGCGACAGCAGACUGUGCUGGAAAACGCUAAGAAGAGGGAGAGAACCACAGGUGACACCAGGACCACAGAGCAGAGACAGGAGAAGAAACGACUCAAAACGGCCAAGAAGCUCAAGGGCCCAGACCCAGCACCCAGCACCUUCACUCCCUACGACUACAGCCAGUCGGACUUCAAGGCUUUUGCUGGAGACAGCAAAUGCAAGCCUUCCUCCCAGUUUGACCCAAACAAGCCCGCGGGGUCUGGCAAGAAAUGUAUUGCAGCUAAGAAAGUUAAGCAAUCAAUGGGAAACAAAAGCAUGUCCUUUCCAACUGGAAAAUCAGACAGAGGCUUCCGGUACAACUGGCCAAAGAGAUAGUGACGGAGGAGCCCCGAGCCCCAGGACAGCUCUGCCCACCGCUGCCAUUUUGUACAGACUUGUUUUUAAACCAGUAAAACUAAUGC